GCACACAAGGUCACGUUGCAAAUGCGUGGUCGUCAGUAAGAGGUACACUCUGUUUAAAGUUCUCUCUUUAGUUGACAGUGAUUAAUUGAUAAAGAGUGUACUUUGCAUGAAUAGUACAGUCAUUUCAGUUCGAAAAGUCGUAUCUGUAGGUUGUAAAAUGACAGCAAAACAUAUAUUAUCAUUAUCAAAUGCAGAAUUUAAAAAUUUCAUAGAUUCCAUUGAUGUAGUUUUAUCAGACUGUGAUGGCGUAUUAUGGAAAGAAACUGAGGUAAUAAAGAAUUCACCAGAAACUGUAAAUAAGUUCAAGGAAUUAGGUAAAAAAUUUUUUUAUAUAACGAAUAAUAAUACCAAAACAAGAUCAGAAUUUGUCGAAAAAUGUAAAAAUCUUAAGUAUGAUGCAACUGUGGAUGAAAUAGUAUGUACUUCAUUUUUGUCUGCUGUAUAUCUUAAAGAAAAAAAAUUUGAUAAAAAAGCAUAUAUAGUUGGAAGUGCUGGUAUUACUAAGGAACUGGAAACUGAAGGUAUCAAACAUUGUGGUGUCGGACCAGAUAUAACAGAAGAGGAUGAAGUAGAAAUGAUAAAAAAUUUUAAGCCAGAUCCAGAAGUUGGGGCAGUUAUUGUAGGCUUUGACAAACACUUUAGUUUUCCUAAGCUUUCAAAAGCUGCUACCUAUUUAAAAGAUCCAAGUGUUUAUUUUAUAGGAACAAAUUGUGAUAUAGAAAGACCUUCACCAAAUACUAAUAAAUUCCCAGGAACUGGAUGCUUCAUAAAGAUUAUAGAAGCAGCAUCUAAUAGAUCAGCAGUAAUGCUGGGGAAACCAGAAUCUUUUUUAAGCGAGUAUAUUAUAAAGAAGUAUGGUUUAAAUCCCCAAAGAACGCUUAUGAUUGGUGACAAUUGUAAUACCGAUAUUCUUCUUGGAAAGCGUUGUGGAUUCCAAACUCUUCUUGUAUUAACGGGUAUUACAACACAAAAUGAUAUUGAUAUCAUGAACGCUUCUACUACAAAUUCCAAAGAUUUGAUAAUUCCAGAUUAUUAUGCAAACGAGUUAGGUGAUGUACUAAAAAUGAUUACAUCAUCUUGAUGAUUUCAUUGAUAGAAAAUCAGACAGCUUUAGCACAAUUCAAUAAUGUUUGCAUAUCAUGAUUAUCUCAUUUUUAUUUAUAUUUUUCUGUCAUUCUAAUUAUUUGCGUUUUAAUAUAAUUAUUUAUUUAUUAUAACAUAUGCAAAAUAUUUAAACGGUGAUAAAUAUUGGAAAUUCUAUUAUGUA